AUACUAUAAUGGUGUUAAAUGUUCACGGCAAAAAAAAAAAAAUUAUUGAUGAACAAAGUUUAUUUAUUGAAAAAAAUUUAUUUAUUUAUUUUAUAUAAAAAAAAUAAUAACAGAAGUGGGCCCACUGUAGCGGCACUUAAAUUACUUCAGCCUUCAAAUUAAGGAUCGCAUUCGCAUCUCGGCUCACCGCUCUCUCUCUCUCUCUACCUCCUUCUCUCUCUCUAAAAAUACGACGGAGACGACUGGCGACAUUACAGGUAACCACCAGCCAUUAUCGACGGCGACGGAGAUUACCGGAGACGAAGACUUCUUGGUUCCUCUCCCAUGAAAACUUUGGGGUUAUGGUACCAGGAUGCUCUCCAUCUCUGUCUUGGCAGUAAUUAGGUUACCUUCUUUUGGUGCAGCACCAAUUUUCAAGCUUAAUUUGCAGUCAUUUGAUCAUUCAAUUAAUACUAAUUUCCAUGGCUGUGAGUGGAAAUACUUUUACAUUGGAGGGACAAUUUCAUUACACACAGGACCUCCUGUGAUGCACUGGCUCGUGAUAAUGCAAGACACCCUUGAAGCCUCAACACCAUUAGUAGCAAUCAAGAACAGCAAAGCCAGCACGAAUUAAUACCAAACAAGCAGUUUCACCGUCUUAGCUAUAUUUCAAACGUGCAACCAAGAUUUGUAAUAAUAUAAGGAUUUUGUUGGCAUCAUGGACUGAUGAAAGAAAAAGUAUCUCAGCUCCAGAAGGCCUGAAUCACUGAUUUUACAUUUGCGUGACUGCAAAAUAGAAAACAAUUCCGGUUACUUAAUGGCCCCUUAGUUUGUGAGAGAGAAAUUGAAAAUUUCUCAAAUGCUGCAAAUUUCAAUUUAAUAUUUAGGCCAGUUUCUUGUUUAUGAGAGUGGAAAGGCAGUUACCACUAUUUGAGUACGCUAGAUUCAGUGAUGCAUCGAAGGAUACUCUCUGAAAUUCCCUGUUUCAAGGCAUUGAUUUUACGAGUUAAUUCAGAUUUUUGCUACACCACUGGGAGAGCCCUUAGUUUAGGGGUAGGAGAAGGAGAUGAUCCACUCUAUGCCGAUGUACCGAAGCCUCCUAGGACAAAGUCCGAGAGGAAACCAUACCCAACUCCUAUGAAAAUUUUGAUUCGGAAGGCGAAGGAGGAGAGAGAAGCUAGAAAGGCCCAGCCUUGUAGAAUUCUUGAUGAACCGCCAGAUAAUGGCGUACUCAUUCCCGAACUCGUCGACGUGGCUCACCAAGUCUACCGAGCUAGAGAGUCACUCAUACUUGGCAUAUCAAAGCUCAUUGAUGUCAUUCCUGUUCAACGAUGCAGGUACUGCUUUGAGGUUCACAUUGGCCAUGUGGGUCAUGAAAUUCGGACUUGCACUGCCCCAAAGAGUGGUUUUCAUUGUGCAACUCACGUUUGGAGAAAGGGCGGAGUUCAAAAUCUGGUUUAUUUUCCUAAAUGCUUCCAUCUCUCUGACCGUGUUGGAAAGCCAAGAGUUGGACAUGAUGAGAGGCGUGGUGUCAAGCGAAUUCCUGCCAUUGUAGAGCUCUGCAUACAAGCUGGUCUAGAGCUUGAUAAUUUCCCUACAAGGAGAAGAACAAAGCCUGUUUAUUGUAUUGAAGGAAGAAUUGUAGAUUUUGAGGUGGAGAGUAAAACAGAUGAAAUGAGUUCAAAUUUGGAUUCUGCAGACCGUACUGUCCCUGGAGAACUUGAUUCUGGGAAAGGAGGAGUGCCUGUAAGUUCAAAUCUAGAGAAUAUUACUAAUCCUGAGGUGCAAGUUGACUCUGGGGAAGGAAAGAGCUUGAGGGAUAUAAGUAUUGUAACACUAGAGUCAUGGUUUGAGAUGAUAUCAGGGGCUAAGACGAUCAUGGAGAAGUAUAAGGUGCAUACUUGUGGAUAUUGCCCCGAGGUUCAGGUAGGGCCCAAGGGACACAAAGUAAGAAUGUGUAAAGCGUCAAAGCACCAGUCUCGCAAUGGCCUGCAUGCAUGGCAGGAAGCAACAAUCGAUGAUCUUGUGGGUCCCAACUACGUAUGGCAUGUGCGCGACUUGCAUGGGCCUGCAUUGAAUAACAACCUGAAGAGGUAUUAUGGCAAGGCACCAGCCGUGGUUGAGCUGUGUGUGCAAGCGGGGGCACCUGUUCCAGAUCAAUAUAGGAGUAUGAUGAGAAUAGAUGUGGUUCCUCCUGAUCGUGACGAAGUCGAUCUUGUUGCUUGAUAUCUUACUACUACGCGUAGAUGAAUCAGCUGGACCAUUUUUUUUGAGUGAAUUUCCAAUAGAGAAGCCUAUUUUAUUGGCUGUCGAUAAGGAUGUGAUUCUGCAGACCAAGGAACAAUGUCUUUUGAUUUUCAUGAUUCGGAAAUAGGAUGGUGUAAUUUUGCAUUAUCCAAGGGAACGAUAAGAAGGUCAUCAUAGUGAAUUGCGGCUUCCUGAUUGACCAUUGCAGACUUUAAGAGUAAAACAAUGACAUGGUAACUGGUUUACAGCUUUAUGGAUUCUGAGUAAGUUGAUGUAUGAAUGAGGAGGUUGCCUCAGCUUAGUCACUUUCUAAGCUUUUGCUUAGCAGUGAUCCAUCUAGACAAACCCACAACUAUCAGCAUUGGAUCAAAAGAUUAGAAGCAUGGCUAUGAAGGUGAGACGUGAGAGUUCUGUAUGUUUUCUUCUUCUGAAAAGAAAUUUUACAUGUGUAUAUAUAUGUAUGUAACAAUGAAUUUGGGCCCAAAUACGAAGUUCAUUUAUUAAUUUUUUCUGUUGUGGUACAACAGAGUUUUCUUGACC